AUGCCCGAAGGAAAGCACAUCGUCAUCGUAGGCGGCGGCGGAGCAGGUGCUCAACUCGCCAAAAACCUCUCUCAGUCCAGGGACCUUUCACCUUCGUCGGGCCACACACUUACGGUUCUUACCGCGCGUCCAUUCUGGAUAUUUCUCAUCGCGGCAGCACGGUUCACGACGUCUCCUGAGAACCACUUCGAGCAGAAGUGUUUCAUUCCGUAUGACAAGUUCUUUGACGGCGCGGGUUGUGGUACGGUCAAGGUUGGCAGGGUUGUGAAAGUCGAGCCAACUUUCGGUGGACGUGCAAGUGAGAAAGGUGACGGUGAAGGUACUAGUGACAGGGGCGUGUCAUCAGGCGGAGAGUUGUUGCUGGAGAGCGGAGAGAGGAUGAAGUACGACGUGCUUGUGCUCGCACCAGGCAGUACUUGGGGUGGCCCUCUAGAUUUUCCAGACAAGAAGGAGGACAUCAUGCAACAUCUAGAGGUAUGGUGGAGGAAGUUCUCGGAGGCAAAGUCGAUAGUGCUUGUUGGUGGUGGAGCUGUGGCUCUCGAAUACGCGGGUGAGAUCAAGGAUUUCUACCCAUCCACAAAGGUCACCGUCGUACACAAUGGACCCAUGCUUCUUAAUGCCGCCUACUCUGAAAAGUAUCGACGUCGCGUUGAAUCGGAAUUUCGCGCGCGAGGCGUCGAAGUCAUCCUUGAGGAUCGCGUAGAUGACCUGACGCCACCGACCGAGGGCAAGAUCACGACGCGUAAAGGCAAGACUAUUGAGUGUGACCUGAUGAUACCCACUUAUGGCAGUCGCGCGGCCACAUCCUUCCUCACCUCCAUUGAACCGUCAAUCCUUAACUCUCGGGGCGACAUCAAAGUCAAUUCUCACCUCCAGGUGGACCAUCACUCCCUCCCGAAUGUCUUCGCGGUGGGAAAUGCUGUCGAUUGGGACGAACAGAAGCAAGCGGGCAAAUACGGAAAGCACGCUAAAGUUGUUGGUGGGAAUAUCCUGGACUAUCUGCGAGGGAGAUCCCCCACCAGUGUGUAUCGAGGAUCGACGGAGAAGAUAGUCCUCUCGAACGGAAAGGGAGGAGGCAUAAUAUUCAUCUCCAUCUUCUUCGGUUGGAGUAUCAUUCUCGGAAACUGGUGGGUGAGACUAUCUAACGGUGACACGUACAGAGUAGAGCGGAUCAGGAGGUGGUUUGGUCAAUCGGAAUGA